CACGGCUUCAGUCCCUAAAUCCCGACUGCAAACCAGUGUGCCGGAACCAAAGAGCCGACACUCGAAUUUCCACGCGGGCGCGCGAGUGUGUUGCGACGCAUCGAUUGCUUUCGUCUGGCGGAGGCUAUCGGGGGAGGACCGAGCACCGGGAGGCCAAGGAAAGGAGGCGAGUCAAGGACUUCCUCCUGGGGAGGGAGCUUGGAUUCGGGAGGCCGCGCUGGGCCUGUUGGACUAGGCGUCCACGCGUGGGAGAGUUCAGUCAUGUCUGUACAUGCGGUGAUGCGCGCCCUGCGCAAGAACAAGACGCUUCGCUACGGAGUCCCCAUGCUGUUGCUGAUUGUUGGAGGCUCUUUUGGUCUUCGUGAAUUUUCACAAAUCCGCUAUGAUGCUGUGAAAAUUAAGAUUGAUCCUGAAUUAGAAAAGAAACUGAAAAUGAAUAAAGUAUCAUUGGAGUCAGAGUAUGAGAAAAUAAAGGACUCCGCUUUUGAUGACUGGAAGAAUAUUCGAGGACCCAGACCCUGGGAAGAUCCUGACCUCCUUCAAGGACAAAAUCCAGAAAUUCUUAAGACUAAGACAACUUGACUUAGUUGAUUCUUUUCUUUCUUUCUUUUUUUUUUUUAACAAAAAUGUUAUCAACUGGAAUUCCCACUACAUAUUCAGUGGGAAGAAAAUUUCAGACCUGCAGAAGCUUGGAUGUGAGUAACGUGAUGACAGAUAAUCUUGAUAAAAAGUCACAGUAACAUCAGGCAGUGAUUUUAUGUCACACCUAUGUAGGAAAAUAAUAUCGAUUACAGACUGA